AACGCUUACUUCACAGUGUACGCAAUACUAAGAACUCUUAUUUAUUUACAAUGUAAUGUUAAAUAUUAGUGUGAAUAUAAGUAUUAAAUAACAAUAUAUUAUCGUUUUAAGUGACCUGUGACGAUUAGUGUAUAAGUGCCAAUAUAUAAAUCGAGUAAUAAUGUGUUUUUAAAUGAAAAAACUGCAGUAUGUUUAUAUUCGUUUGGUGUCCUGUCACUUUGAGACCCAUACUCGUUGAGCCACCGUCUGAUGGCUCAGUCUCGCAUUUUAGUAUUGGCAUUGCCGCUGACACAACGCCCGUGUGAUAUCAGCAAAACAAUGUUAUCGAACUCGUAUCACUAUCAGAUAAUAAAAAGACGAUAAUAAUAAAAUGAGUUCGAUGCGAAGUUCCGAUUUAUUACAUACACUAUAAUGUCCGCAAGACCGAAGUAGUGAGUGAUCGAUUUAAGUAAUUAUUAAAAAUGAGACAUGCAUUCGGCCGAGAUGCAAAAAAGUGUUUCAGUGCAAGUAGAUAGUGAUUUUGCCCUUCUACUACCUAGCGGUGCAUAUGAAAUAAAGAAAAUGGAGCCAAGAUCGAAGUUACGAAAAGUGAUAUUGUUCUGUUUACUACUUUCACUGUUUGGAAUGGUGGCGUUUGGAUAUUUCUGUCCAGACCAGGUGUGCGCCUUAUCGCCAAGGGAACGGAUGUCCGAAUCUCUCGCGCUCACAUACGCGGAGGCGCCAGGACGACCCUUACCUGACCUGAUCGCUCAGCCCGGUCUUUCUUAUGACGAGGUUUUACACGAUGACUUUCGAUUCGACCUGAAUGCGCACGAUGUCAUGGUCUUCCUCCACAUACAGAAGACUGGAGGCACAUCCUUUGGAAGGCACCUAGUCAUGGAUCUGGAUUUGAAGAGGCCGUGUAACUGUCAACGUGCGCGUAAACGCUGCCAUUGUUUUCGACCGCACAGCAACGAAAUAUGGCUCUUUUCGAGAUACUCUACCGGCUGGAAAUGCGGUCUUCAUGCUGAUUUCACGGAGCUGACAGCGUGCGUGGGCGGAGAGCUGGAUCGACACGAGGGUUCAGCGGUGCAUCGGAGAUAUUUCUACAUAACCCUACUCAGGGAACCUGUUUCCAGAUAUUUAUCAGAGUACCGCCACGUAAAGCGCGGAGCCACGUGGAAGGGAUCCAGGCACUGGUGUCAAGGGCGUACGGCGUCGGCGGCGGAGGUCCCUCCUUGCUACACCGGCGAGUCUUGGCGCGGCGUCACCCUGGAAGAGUUUGCGGCUUGCCCGUGGAACUUGGCAAAUAACCGACAGACUCGCAUGCUUGCCGACUUGGCUCUCGUCGGCUGUUACAACGGAACAUUGCGGCAUCGGUCCUCGGACACGGAUCGCGUACUGCUCGCGUCUGCCAAGCGAAACUUAGCUGCCAUGGCGUAUUUCGGACUCACCGAAUUUCAAAAGAUAUCACAAUACGUAUUCGAGGAGACGUUCAACCUACGUUUCGCGGUCCCGUUCACGCAGCACAACGCGACGGUGUCGGGCGCGACGCUAGCCGCACUGUCGCCGGCGCAGGUCGCGCACAUCCGGCGGCUUAACUCGCUCGAUUUAGAGCUGUAUGACUUCGCUAAGAACCUCAUGUUUAAAAGGUUCGAAGCGUUAAAGAAACGAGAUAGCGAUUUCGAAUUCCGCUGGCGACAUCUCGGCGAAGUGGCGCCGAAAGUCGGUGUCACCGAAUUCGAUUGGGACAGCAACCUAGAGGACGCUACCACUGAGAAGUCGAGAGGCAAGUUAGCAUAAACAAUGCCAUUGCUGCAGAGAUUGUGAUUUAAUAAAUCCGACACGGCUCUUCGUACGAUCUUCGGUAUUUUGCAAAUUACCUUUUAAAUAGUAAUAAAAUUUAGCUUGACAUGUAUAAAGUAAAACAUUUCUCAAGAAUAUUCUUAAGAUAUAAUUUGAAAUUAUAUUUAAAACGAAGUAGUAUUUGGUUUUGUCGGUGUCUUUGAAGUUUCAAAGUUGAAUUCGUGAUCGUAUGCACUCUACGUGUCCAUUGGUAACGAUAUUACUUGGUGUGCAGGCAAAUCCUUUAAGUCGAAGAAAGUUUGAGAUCCAAGUCGCGGUAAACCACAGAGCAGUGGAUGAAACUACAUUACGUUACUGGUGCAUGCUCUAUAUAUCUAAGGAUAAAGAUGUAUUAAGCGUUAAGAUUCGAUGUCUAACUAUUACCAACUCUUUGUGUUCAAAUUCGUAUUCUUAAUUUAAACUUUUUUUUUGUUUUCGAGCGUAUUCUAUUUUUAAAUAAAAGAGUUGUUAACAGUUAUUCACUGCAUAAUACAACUAGUCAAAAAUACGUCUAUAUUAUAAGAUAUUUUUGGUUGUAUGUUUUUUUUUUUAAAUAUUUUAAUGUAACUUCAGUGCAACUUUUGUUUGUAAAAAAGGCAGCUAAAUAUGUUCACAUCGAAUCGAUGAGAUAAAAAGGAAAUGUGCAUAGAGUUUGGGACUUUCAACGACAGAGUGUAAUUGUAUUGAACAUAAUGUGACAAUAUUACGAGGGGGACUGACGUGUGAGAGACGUCGAACAGACGAGGAACACGUUCUGUUUGUAUUCCGAAUGAAGUGAUCGAUUGAAUUGAAUAUCAUUCGAGAUAAUCGAUAGAAAGAAAAUCGAUUUUUAGUAACUAUCGUAUCGAUUGUUCGGAAUUUAUUCAGAUUUACAUUCCUUUAAGCAUUGUAUAAAAAUAUUUUAUAACUGUAACUCUUGUUAUAAUUUAACGUUAUCGAUAUGUACGUAAUAUCGUGUGUUUAAUAAUAGUACCAAAUGUCAAGCGCAAAAGAUCAACUAUUGUAAUAGUGACGUCGCUUGACAUUUUGAUCAAAGGGAAUUGAUAUGUUUUAUAUAGAGUUAGGAGAAGAGCUCUACGUGAAUACUAUAGUUUGAAAAUGACUCUUAACACGAUAGCAUUAAGAGAGAUUUCCACUUGAACGUAUACUCAAAAUUUAUAAUAUUUUUGUUGAUUAAAAUUCUCAUUAAACGAUGAUAUUAUUGUUCGAUAAAUGGGCUUCUUACCUUGCAAUUUGCGUUGUGUACAGUUUUUAACUAAGUAAUUAGAUAAAAAUAUUUUUUAAGAGUGAUCCUUAGUUUGUGAAUGUCUACGAAAUGUGCUAUAAAUCCAUCCCCUAAACAUUUGUAUAAGCUUAUUUUAGAUAGUUACUAUCGCAGUGUUGAUAUUUAAUAGUUACAGGGUAGGUUAUGCAUCUAGAACGAACCCAACGAAAAAUGAACCUAGUUUAACUAAAAAUAAAGUACACUUUUGAUUAAUGAGCAGAUUUUAAUUAAAAAAGCUUGUUAUUUUGAAUGUACCUACUUCAAUUUGCUUAUGUACUUCAAUAACGAUAUGUCUGUAUCGAUUUUACUUUCAUCGCUUAAAACGAAGUAAAGAGAUCCGUGUCAAUGAGAAAUUUCAGAUCAUCGAAGGCGUGACAGCGUGUUGAGAUCACGAUGUCAUGUUCUAGUUUUGAAAAAAAAAGAAGAAAGAAAUUUUUAACGUAAUGGCAGCCUCGUUGAUAUACCCGUUGCAAGUUUCCAGGUUAAUAGAAAAUUCCAGGUCAGGUAAACAAGCGAAGAAUGUUCGAGAAUGCAAAAAUGCUGCCAAACCGCCGAAAUUUCUAAAGGCAUUUCUAGACUAGAACGCUCUAAGGAGCACCAGGUGCUAUGAAAAGCCUAAAUAUCUCAUGUGAAUAUCUCGUGAAUAUUUUACAGGCGCAUACGCGGUAAUAUGAGAACUGCAAUAACGUUCGUGUAAUGUACUCGCAAACAAUGUUUAAACCUUUAAAUAUCAACAAUACAUUCAUUAUUAUAUGAAUGUAAGGAAAAUGUUGCUAUAAAAAAUACGUAUAUGGUAUUUUUUUAAUGGCAACACAAUUCGUUUCUGGACUAUAAAGUACAAUUUAUAUUUCGAUAUUUUAUUUUAUGUCAAUAUGCGUAUUCGGUUCAUCGCUGUUACGUUUUAUGUAUACCAAUAUCCAUUAUAAUAAUUUGCAAUUUCUAAGUUACCUCGGUAAGUAAAUUAA